AUGGAUCUGUUCUCAGAAGCCAAUGUGCCCGCCGUAGCAAUGGCAUCGGCUUUGUCUGUCGCUGCGGGAGCCUAUCUCAAUGCGAAAUUGUCAAUCUCCACGGACUUGACAACUUACUUCAAUGACAAGGCCUUUGCCAAACGCAUCGGCCAGCGCAUCGGCCAGCUAGGUGAUUCACCCACCAUUUAUAAAAUGCUCGAGAGAGUGGUUGAGGUCGAGGGCCAGGGAGCGACGGAUGCUAUCUGGUUUGAGAACAAAACCUGGUCGUACACACAACUCAAAGACUUGGUUGACCGAUUUGCUGCGCUGCUUCACGAGCGGGGCAUCAACGCUGGUGAUUUCAUUGGUGUUUUCACCACCAACUCCCCGGAAAUGGUGGUGACCAUGUACGCGCUGUCGAAAUUGGGCGCUGUGGCCGCCAUGAUCAACACCAACUUGCGAGAUGACACCUUUGUUCACUGCCUGAAUGUCUCCGGUUCCAAGUCUAUCAUUUCCACUCCCGACCUCUCACAACAUGUUUGCGGGGACCUACCACACCUGUCAUUCAGUCUCACUUCCUUCGAAGGCAUCUCCACUGGCUCAGUGGAACACAUCACAGCAACAGAUCUGCAAAGAUUCCCUACAACAGGAUUACAAGCAGCCAAGCGCACGCUCAAAGACUUGACAGUUCUCAUCUAUACCUCAGGUACAACAGGAAAGCCCAAAGCCUGCGCAGUGCGGAACAUGCUGCCAGUCAUCACAUCCACUCCUCUUUCCAGCGACGUAAACAACCGAUCGAAGUACUACCCCCUGCGCACAUAUUCAUGCCUGCCCCUUUUCCACGGUACAGCAUUCUUAACCGGACUGUGCUACUCGAUCGGAAACUGUGGUACACUCUGUCUCAGACGCAAAUUUUCUGCCUCACAAUUCUGGAAAGACGUGCACGACUCCGGCGCAACCCGCAUCCUUUACAUUGGUGAACUCUGCCGUUACCUUCUCGCCACUCCCCCCUCUCCCUACGAUGCCAAGCACAACUGCAUCGUUGCCACGGGUAAUGGACUUCGUGGCGAGAUAUGGGAGCGUUUCAAGUCGCGAUUCAACAUCCCUGAGAUUCGCGAAUUCUAUCGCUCUACUGAGGGAGUCGCCAAGUUCGAUAAUCACGGCCCAGGUGUCUGGGGAGCCGGAAAGGUGGGCUUCUCGGGCCCCAUUCGCCGGGCCUUGGAGGAUGACAACUUCAUUGUGAAGUAUGAUACCAACACUGAGAUGCCGUGGCGGGAUCCUAAAACUGGAUUCUGCGUUCGUGCGGGUCUAGACGAGGAAGGUGAGGCGAUUGGCCGUGUACGUGAUCGCGGCCUCGUAAUUGAGUAUCUGGGUAACAGCGAAGCGACCGAGAGCAAGUUGCUUCGUGAUGUGUUCGAAAAAGGUGAUCUGUUCCAACGCACAGGCGAUCUCGUCGUUCAGGACCGGUCUGGCUGGGUGAGAUUCCAGGAUCGUGUCGGUGAUACCUUCCGCUGGAAGGGUGAGAACGUCAGUGCGGGUGAGAUCCGUGAUCACAUCUGUCGUAUUGAAGGCGUUCACGAUGCCGUUGUAUAUGGAGUGAAACUUGACGGAUACGAUGGCCAGGCUGGUGCUGCUGGUAUCACUUUGGAAGAUCAUUCACCUGCCUUCCAAGCUGGCUUUGUGGCCAAGCUUUACCCUGAGUUGAAGAAGAAGGGUGUACCAUCUUACGCAUUCCCUCGAUUGGUCCGAUUCGUUGAGAAGGUCUCGACGGGAGUUACUUUCAAGCAGGCCAAAGGUGAUCUGGUGAAGAAGGGAUGGGAUCCCCGCAAGGAUUCCGCGGAAGCCCUGUACUGGUUGAUUGGAACUAACUACGAGAGGCUGGAUGAGUCAGGCUGGUCUCAAAUCGAGACAGGAAAGGCUAAACUGUGA